UGGAGAUGAAGCUAAUAAGCCAGCAUAAAUGAUGAAUGGAUGAAAAUGAAAUUACAUGUUGUUGAAAUUUCUUCUCUGUUUUUGUUUGUCUUCGAACACUGCAACAUGAAGUGCAUAUCUUGCGAGGGCAAAUACAACGGAGAUGCCGGCGCCUGCAAGCAGUGCUACGAGGACCUCAAGGCUAAGGUCGCUUUUCUCGCGAUGUCCAAUCGGUAUUCCUUAAACUUCUGCACCGACGUCGUUCUGUUAGCCUCGGACAACGGCCAUCCCAAGGGCCAUGCACGAGCUUGGGCCCAUGAGGCCGUUUUGGCAAGCCGUUCUCCGGUGUUCAAAGCCCUCCUUCAUAACGAGACAAAAGAAAUCCAUAUCUACGAAUUGUCGCUCCAAGAACUUGGUGCCUUGAUCAACUACCUCUACACGGCCGAGAUAUGCCUUGAUCAGCAAUUGGCCCGUAAACUCCUUGUAGUGGCUGAAAAGUACCAACUGCAUCAUCUCAAAGACUUGUGCCAGAAGUUCUUAGUGUCCAACCUCAACUGGGACAAUUCACUUGCGACCUACACCUUCGGCCAUGAUCAUAACGACAAGCAGAUCAUCGACGCAGCCUUGAUGUUGAUCACAAACAACAUCGAAAAGCUUGCUUCAAGCGAUGAGUACGCAGACCUAAAGAGAAGUCAUCCGCAACUUGUAAUCAAAAUCUAUGAACAUAUUGUUGCAUCCUCUACUACUCCUUCGGUACAAGCUUUGCUUUUAGAGGAGUUACUUUGAUUGGAUAUUUCGGAGAGCAUUGGCGGAUCUGUGCAAUCGCAAGGAGGUGCACUUGCACCUCCGGUCGCCGGAAAUCACCAUUAGAGGUGCUGGAGUUGCACCUCUGCUUCAGACCAGCAACGCACAUAAGGUGUUUGAUGAAAUGCGCAAGAGACUACCUGCCUGCAGGCUGCUGCUGCUGUGCGCGUUGCGUGCAUGUUUUUUUUAAACCAAGCUUGGCCAAAACGACGUCGUUUUGGACCAGGGUUUUUAAAUAAUAAAAAAAGGGAAACUGAUGCUGAACGUGGGCUUUUUUGUGGGCUUUUCAAAUAGUUUUAUUUCCUUACUUAAUUGGGUUUUAAUUGAAAGUUAUCUUUAUUUAAUUGGGUUUUGGGAAUUCCUUAAUUAAGUAGGAUUGAGAAUUCUCUCUAUAAAAGACCAAUUUAACAUCACCCAAUUUCAUCAAAGUGUGUGAGCAUCACAAGAAUCCUGCGUUUUUUUUUUCCUUCUUGAGUA